UGAACCAAUGCGUUGGCUGACUUGAUCCGGGAUGAAGGCUGGAGGUUAUCGGCGAGGGAAAGGAGAACUCUAGGCAGCUUUCCAUUUGCAAAGUGAGCAGUAAUUGCAAGAAGAGAGCCUCCCUAGUUGGAAUCGAUAGUCCGCUUUCUUGCUGCUAAGGGCACUCUGGAGCAGCAGUAGGUCACUGAAGUAACUCCAGCACACUGCUGACUGCGGAGUUGUAAAGAACUACGUGCAAGUGGCUGCAGUAGUGCUGGAAAACGCUUUGCUGUUACCAGGGACACAAUAGUUUUCAAGUCAUUAGAGCUUUGCUUCUGGUCCUCUCCUUCCAUUACACAGAGAGGGUCAUUCUUUGGAGGGAUGAGGAUGGAGCUGUGAUUUCUUCCAGUGUCGUUCUAGGGGAGGGGGUAAGGUUGGGGACAGAGGCUUUAGAAGCAAAACCCCACUGCUGCUGAGUUCGGCUUUACUUGAAUUUCCCCAAAUCUUUCCAGGCACAGAGAGGCGCAAUGCCAGAGAAUCUGAAUCUUCUUCGGGCUUUUGGGGGGUUUUUCUUUAUCUUCUGGACAGCUUUUAACACAGCCUUAGUGGAUGUGGUUGGAUCGGAGCAGCAGAUCCCCUUGUCUGUUGUAAAGCUCUGGGCCUCAGCAUUUGGUGGAGAGAUCAAAUCUAUUGCAGCCAAGUACUCAGGUUCCCAGCUCCUGCAGAAGAAAUACAAAGAAUAUGAGAAGGAUGUUGCAAUAGAAGAAAUUGAUGGCCUUCAGCUUGUGAAAAAAUUAGCAAAGAAUAUGGAAGAAAUGUUUCAUAAGAAGUCCGAAGCUGUACGGCGUCUUGUUGAAGCUGCAGAAGAUGCUUACCUGAAACAUGAGUUUGAUGCUGACUUACAGUAUGAAUACUUCAAUGCGGUGCUCAUAAAUGAACGAGAUGAAGAAGGAAACUAUCUGGAGCUGGGGAAGGAGUUCAUUCUAGUGCCAAAUGACCACUUCAAUAACUUGCCUGUGAACAUCAGUCUGAGUGAUGUCCAAGUACCAACCAAUAUGUACAAUAAGGAUCCAGCCAUUGUAAAUGGAGUUUAUUGGUCAGAAUCUUUAAAUAAGGUGUUUGUUGAUAAUUUUGAUCGUGACCCUUCUCUCAUCUGGCAGUAUUUUGGAAGUGCAAAAGGAUUUUUCAGACAAUAUCCAGGAAUUAAAUGGGAACCUGAUGAGAAUGGAGUCAUUGCAUUUGACUGCAGAAAUAGAAAAUGGUACAUCCAGGCAGCAACUUCUCCAAAAGAUGUGGUAAUUUUAGUAGAUGUCAGUGGCAGUAUGAAAGGGCUUCGCCUGACUAUUGCAAAACAGACAGUUUCAUCUAUUUUGGAUACCCUUGGAGAUGAUGACUUCUUCAAUAUAAUUGCUUAUAAUGAAGAACUUCACUAUGUAGAGCCAUGUCUGAAUGGAACAUUAGUUCAAGCAGACAGAGCCAACAAAGAGCAUUUCAGGGAACACCUUGACAAACUUUUUGCAAAAGGAAUUGGAAUGCUGGACAUUGCUUUAAAUGAAGCUUUCAACAUGCUCAGUGAAUUCAAUCACACAGGACAAGGAAGUAUUUGCAGCCAAGCCAUAAUGUUGAUUACUGAUGGAGCUGUGGACACAUAUGAUACAAUAUUUGCAAAAUAUAAUUGGCCAGACAGAAAAGUUCGUAUUUUUACCUAUCUGAUUGGAAGAGAAGCUGCUUUUGCUGAUAAUCUGAAGUGGAUGGCCUGUGCUAACAAAGGGUUUUUUACUCAGAUCUCUACCUUAGCUGAUGUUCAAGAGAAUGUCAUGGAAUAUCUCCAUGUUCUUAGCCGACCAAAGGUUAUUGACCAAGAGCACGAUGUAGUAUGGACUGAAGCAUAUAUUGACAGCACUCUCCCUCAGGCUCAAAAGCUUGCUGAUGAUCAGGGAUUGGUGUUGAUGACAACUGUUGCCAUGCCAGUAUUUAGUAAGCAAAAUGAGACUAGAUCUAAAGGGAUUCUUCUGGGAGUAGUUGGCACAGAUGUUCCAGUUAAAGAGCUUUUAAAAACUAUUCCAAAAUACAAGUUAGGUAUUCAUGGGUACGCUUUUGCAAUUACAAACAAUGGAUAUAUUUUGACUCAUCCAGAACUGAGGCCUUUGUAUGAAGAGGGGAAGAAACGAAGAAAGCCAAACUACAGUAGUGUGGAUCUUUCUGAGGUCGAGUGGGAAGACAGAGAUGAUGUGCUCCGAAAUGCAAUGGUGAAUCGGAAAACAGGGAAAUUCUCCAUGGAAGUGAAGAAGACAGUGGACAAAGGGAAGCGGGUAUUGGUGAUGACAAAUGACUACUAUUAUACAGACAUCAAGGGUACUCCAUUCAGUUUAGGUGUGGCUCUCUCUAGAGGACAUGGAAAAUAUUUCUUCAGAGGGAAUGUAACUGUAGAAGAAGGUUUACAUGAUUUAGAACACCCUGAUGUAUCUUUAGCAGAUGAAUGGUCCUAUUGCAACACUGACUUACAUCCUGAACACCGGCAAAUGACUCAAUUAGAAGCAAUUAAACGCUACCUCACAGGAAAAGAGCCAUUGCUCCAAUGUGAUAAAGAAUUGAUCCAGGAAGUUCUGUUUGAUGCAGUCGUGAGUGCACCAAUUGAAGCUUAUUGGACCAGUCUAGCAUUAAAUAAAUCAGAAAACUCUGACAAGGGAGUGGAAGUUGCCUUCCUUGGAACACGUACUGGACUAUCUCGUAUCAACCUGUUUGUGGGUCCGGAACAGCUUACUAAUCAAGAUUUCCUGACAGCUGAAGAUAAGGAGAACAUUUUUAAUGCUGACCAUUUUCCACUCUGGUACAGAAGAGCUGCUGAGCAAAUACCUGGGAGCUUUGUCUAUUCAAUCCCAUUUAGUACAGAAACUGCAAACAAAAGCAAUGUAGUGACAGCCAGUACUGCUAUUCAACUUUUGGAUGACAGAAAAUCUCCAGUUGUUGCAGCUGUAGGUAUCCAGAUGAAACUUGAAUUUUUCCAGCGGAAAUUUUGGACUGCAAGCAGACAGUGUGCAUCUCUUGAUGGCAGAUGUGCUAUAAGUUGUGAUGAUGAAGCAAUCAACUGUUACCUAAUAGAUAACAAUGGGUUUAUUUUAGUGUCUGAAGACUAUAGACAGACUGGUUACUUUUUUGGGGAGGUUGAAGGGGCUGUGAUGAACAAGUUACUAACAAUGGGCUCCUUUAAGAGUUUGUUCCUGAACCAGAAUCUUCACACUGGAAACACCUUCAAAUAUAUUUACUAAAAUUAAACUCAUUAUAAUAACAUCCACAGAUGAUGUUCAAGCACUUCCAAACAACAAUUUUGCAGUGUUCCGCAAUGGUUUUGAGGUUGCUUAUUACAACUCUUCCCUUCUGCCAUCGCUCUAAAGUUUAGUAUUUCUUUCCCCGUUAAAUGACCUUUUUUUUAGCUACAUACAUUUUAAUAUCUUUGUUCCCCUUGCUCAUAGUACAGUCUUAGAUUGUUGUAUACUCCCUACAAUACAAUAAGACAAUCUACUAAAAAAAAAAAUCUAGCAUGUCAGUGUGCAAUAUUAAUUAUAUUUCUGAUUAUUUGUGUGAGUACAUAUUUCAAUCUUUUAAUGACGUUUUUGAAACUUUUAAUGACAUUUAUUGAAACUAUUACAUCUAUUACAAUGUAAUUAUUACUUAAGAAAUGUAAUACAAGUACAAAUAUUGGGGGGGGGAAGGCUUUUUCCAAUAUAUUAAAGUGAAGUUCAAAUUAUGACAGAUGUUCCACAUGGCACACGAAAAUAGUAUUUGAUUAACACUUCUUAGCAGAAUGAUGAAGUCCACAGGUUGACCAAGCAGUUCAGUUCUGCUGUAUGAAAUUGAAAGUUGAGACAUCGACUGCACUUCCAAACACCAAACAAACAGUCACCAAACUUACUAUAUUGAAAAGCCACUUAGAAAGAAUAAAGAUGAACCUGAAUGCUAUUCUACUUGUAGCACUAGGUAUUGAAUGAAGCAGGAUGGGACCAUUUCAUCCACACAGAAUUCCUUGACUACCCUGUAGAGAUCACAUUAACAUCUGUAAACUGCCCUUGUCUGUAUGCUUAUCACUUGCCACCAUCACUAGGAGGUCCAAGUGGACUUGCAACGCAGUCUUUGGAUCUAGAGGAAUAAAAUAGUUGAGCCAACUGAGACUGGAAAGGCUGAGCUGUAGAGAUUACCUUACAGGGGCUGGAUUCUGACCAUGGUUAAAGGGGGAAAAAAAUAAAAUAAAAAAAAAGCUAGGGAAAGUGGUGUAUUACUGCAUGCCACACAGGCAGCACA